AUGGGUUUCGAAAAGAGAACCAUAAAAAUCUUAGUGUGCGUUGCUGCAUUGUUGUUGGUGAUAGGAGCAAUAAUCGGCUUGGUGUUUGGUCUUAUUUUGCCGUUCCGAUACGUUGAGUUGGAGGUAUGGCCUCGAUCAGACGAGUACAACCGCGAGCAACCUCUCAUUCAAUUCCGCGUCAACGACCCCGGUAGCUGGCACCCCUGGUACAACCGCAUCAAUGAUUUCCUCCGUGCGUAUGAAACUAACGUGCCUGAGGAGCCACCACGCGCUCCAUGCUCGACGUUGCGCCACGAUCAGCGCGUGCCCAGCCCUAAUUGCGAGCGCGCGCUUUCCGUCUGGGCGCCCUGCAUCGCUGACAACUUCUACGGUUACCGCGAUGGCACGCCCUGCGUCUUCCUCAGACUGUCGCAUAUCCACUACUGGGUGCCGGAGCCGUACAACGUGUCGCUGCCGCUAGCCCUGCCUCCUGACAUGCCCAACAACAUUAAGCAGAUCAUGAUGCAACGCCCUGCUCAUGUGUACGGUGACUAUGUUUGGGUCUCGUGCGGUGGCGAGUUCAGCUCGGAUCAGGAGAACAUUGGGCCGCUGCAGUACAUCCCUGCGGGCCUGCCACCCGGCUUCCCCACCUCGCGCCUGCAUACCGCCGACCGCAUACCACAUUCCGCUCGAGCACAACCUGACCCUUUGCCCGGACCUCUCAUCGCGCUUCUCUUUGAGAACCCACGACGUGGUGUUCUGAUCAACGUGGAGUGCAGGAUAUGGACCCGCGAUAUUCUGUACGACCGCUCACGCCACAUCGGCCGCGCACGCUUUGAGAUAUACGUCGAAUAA